AUGAGAUUCGAUUCCCAAGCGCCACUGGGACUGGGCUCCCUCUGCGCCUCCGUUCUGUCCCUUUUCAGCAAUGGUCACCAAGGUCACCAGCAGGGAAGCAUCACACAUCACCCUGUGCUCCCUCCAUCGUAUCCGCUGGCGGUACGCAACCCUUAUCUAUCAGCAUGGAUGCCCAGUGAUCGCGUGCAACAACUUCCCUACUCCGAACCACAAUUCUGGGCGGGCCAGGAGCUCGGCUGGUCCGUGAUUGUGCGUGUCGAUGGCCAGGCGUAUAGCGUAAUGGGUGUUCCGGACCUCGACGAAGAUGAAAUAUUGCCUGCCACCGUGCGUCGUGGCGAAUUCACCUCGACUCACUCCAUUUUCGACCUCACGGCCGGCUCCGUGAGAUUGACCCUCGACUUUUUCUCGCCUGUGACCCCCUCAAACUACUUGCGACAGUCCCUUCCUUUCAGUUACCUGACUGUCAAAGUCUCCGGGUCCUAUUUCGGUAACGAUAUCCAAAUCUAUUCGGAUAUCGAUGGAAGAUGGACUGGACGCGAGGAUCGCUCCGUCCUUGACUAUGAAGAACAUGACGACGGCCUCCUCAUUCAUUCGCUCUCCGUGGAAGAUGCAGCAAAAUAUGCCGAGGCCAGUGAUAUGGCACUCUGGGGCAAAGCCAUUCUCGCUUCGCGCCCAUCUGAAUAUAGCAGCCUCUCUUCCCUGACCGGAGAUCCCAAGUCGGUGCGAAAUCAAUUCGUACAGGAGGGCAAUCUCUCCGGACAAGAAUUUGCGUGGUCGUACGGAAGCGUCGCCGCCUUGGCCCAUGAUUUAGGAACUGUCUACGGCGAAGCAUCCGUCAAUUUUGUCGUAGGCUACGAACGCGAGGCAGCCAUUAACUAUCUCGGAGUCGAAUAUACCGGGUAUUAUCGCGCUGAAUACCCUACUACGAAUCAAGCUCUCUCAUUCUUCCUGGAUGAUUACGGAGAUACAUUGAGAGAGUCCUUGGAGUUGGACCAGGAAUUGAUAGAUUUUGCUACUGCGGCAGCUGGUCCCAAAUAUGCGGAUAUUAUUGCUCUAUCUACCCGCCAAGCAUAUGGUGGAACAGAUUUGACUAUUCCAAAUGACUCCCUCGACACCGACGAUGUAUUGGCAUUCAUUAAGGAGCUUUCUAGCGACGGGAAUGUCAACACCAUUGAUGUGAUCAUGCCAGCAUUCCCUAUCUAUUGGGUUCUGGACCCUGAUUGGAUUCGCCUAAUGUUGGAACCUGUGAUGCGGUACCUGGAUGCCGGUCGUUGGCAUCUUCCGUAUACCAUUCAUGACCUCGGCAGUCACUACCCACUUGCCAUUGGCCAUGAUGACCAGAAAGCCGAGCCGAUGCCGAUAGAGGAAUCCGGAAAUCUGCUGAUUCUUGCUCUUGCUUACGUCCGCGCGACAGGAGAUUCUGAGUGGGCGGGUCAGUAUAUCGACAUCUUCCAGAAAUACGCCGACUACUUGGUCGACAACAGUAUCGACAUCGCAAACCAACUUUCCUCCAAUGAUGCCGCCGGUCCUCUCGCCAACGAGACAAACCUAGCCAUCAAGGCAGCGGUUGGUAUCAAAGCAUUUGGCGAGCUCAGUGGUAUUGACCAAUACUCACGCAUCGGCGAGGAACACGCAAACCUUUUCUUUGAGGAGGGCCUGGGCACAGAUGAAGAGCAAACGCAUUUCGUACUGCAAUAUCCCGAUCACCCCGAAUCAUGGAAGACUCCAUACAACCUAUUCCCGGACGUCCUGCUUGGACUAAACACCUUUUCCAGCGACGCCAUUCGGGCAAACAGCGAGUUCUACUCUACUGUCCGAGGCGAGUACGGGGUUCCUCUAGACAACAGGCAGGAUUGGGCCAAGUCAGAUUGGAAUAUGUGGCUUGCUGCCACGUUCGAGACGAACACGCGGGACGAGUUCGUCGAUGACCUGUGGGCAUUCAUGACGAACGGGAAACACAACUGGCCAUUUUCUGAUCGAUAUGUCUCUACGUCCUCCCAUGGAAAUGAACCAGGGAUCCCGAUAUUAUGCCGCGCACGUCCGACGGUUGGUGGGCAUUUCGCGCUCUUGGCUUUGAAGGGUCCGGCGUCGGUUCAGUCUUUGUCCAUUAACAAGUCUACCCAAGUCCAGCAUAAGAAGGAGGGCAAGUCCCGCUUCGAAUCUCAUGGGCCUGAGCUUUGA